AUGUUUACUUUACUAGAACUCCAAGUAUAUAACAAAGUUUCUAGCCAUCUUCCUCGAGCACUCAGCACAGCACCAUCUUCCUCAAGCACUCAACACAGUGCCAUCUUCCUCGAACACUCCAACACUGCUGCAGUGCUCAGGACAGUGCCAUCUUCCUCGAACACUCCAACACUGCUGCAUUCUACACCAUCUUCCUCAAGCACUCAGCACUGCUACAGUGCUCAACACAGCGCCAUCUUCCUCAAGCACUCAGCACUGCUACAGUGCUCAACACAGCGCCAUCUUCCUCAAGCACUCAGCACUGCACUAUCUUAG